AUGUGGACCUCCUUUCGAGCAGACAACAUGCCCGGCCACACCAAAAACCCUCUCUCCUCCCUCCUUGCCAGGAUGCCGAAGGCCAAGUCGCCAGAGAGUUUGAAGGUAAUUGAACUAUUGGAUGAUUCGGAUGACGAAGAUACCAAAGAACAAUGUUCUGUCAAAGAUUCGAACGAAGAAAUCCAAGAGAAAACGAAAGGCACUCAAACAAAAGAGCCUGCCGCCGCCAAGGAAAGGGAAGUAGCCAUUGAUAACUUGUGUAACGAAUUGCAGGAAGUAUUCAAGUUGUUGCGCACCAAGGAGAAGCGAAAGCUUAGUGACGCAUUCGAAAGUACACCGGAGCUAAAGAAGCGAAAGAUUAGUGACGCUAGCGAGGGGUCAUCACGGCUCAAGUCUCCGCCCGCAGCAGUAGUCUCUCCCAAUCAAGACGAAGCUUGUAUCAAACCAAAGGAGCACGAAGAAACUUGUGUAGAAUGCGUGGAAGAGUUCGCAACCGCGGCUGCAACCAAUUCUGAGAAUGAGAAUUCUAACUUUGAAGCCCUUUUGAAGACUGCAGGUGAGGAGCAGCAGCGACUACAGGAUACCGUCGAAGCAGAGAAUAUGACGGAUGCUCUCAUUAAUUCCUUUAAUGACUGCAUGCCGCCUGAAGCCUCUAAAGGCGGCGAAGGCACGCCUCAAGCGGAAGACAAUCAAGAUCCAAACUGUCUCGCGAUCGAAGAAUCUUCGGGGGACGUGUGUUCCGUAGAUCUCCCUACCAACGAAGAAGCUACGCUGGAAGAAACCGCUGAAAGUUUCCACGAGCCCGACAUCACACCAAACGAAGAAACUGUCGAAAACUCCCACCCAGAAGAACUGGACGAACCGCAAGAUGACGUUUCUAUCGAGUACGAAUGGGAAGAGACUUGGGAUUCUCCCGUCAACGCUAUCGUGUCUACUACAAUCCAAUGGAUCAAGGAUAUCCUUCCUCCAUCGAUUGGUUCUUUUUUCUUGUUUGUUUCUGGUUUGUAUUGUGUCUCUGUGGAUUCUUCGGCGCCAUUGAAGCUUGCCCUAUGUCUACUCGUCUAUUGUGUCAAUGUUGGCAACGCAGUGGAGGAACGAGAAACGGGUGAUCAACCCGUGUUUUGCGUCUCUCUUCCUACCAACGGAUCCAAGAGUUGGCGAGCUCUGGUAUUGUCAUUCUACACGAUUGGCGGGUUGGGAUUGCUCAACUUGGUUUCUGCAUUUGGUGACAAGCUUGGGGAUCGGAUCCGGACCCAAAUGCAACAAGCUUGA